CUCUGAGGGGAUGGAGCUCGGCCGGGCCUGGCUAUGAUAUUCUUUUAUAAAUGAAGCACACAUCCUGGCUUGACUCAGUGGAUAAUAAUGAGUGGUGCAGCUUUGGGCAUUGAGAUAGUAUUUGUCUUCUUUCUGGCUUUAAUCAUAUUACAUCGGUAUGGAGACUUCAAAAAACAACACAGACUUGUGAUUGUAGCGACACUACUAGCUUGGUAUCUUUGCUUCCUUAUAGUCUUUAUAUUGCCUUUGGAUGUUACUACGACUAUAUACAAUCGAUGUAAGCAUGCUGUGAAUUCUAGUCCAUCUGAAAGUAGCAUCAGCAAUGGAUCUCAGGCAAUUCCUACUCCAGGGAACCGUGAGUGUUUCAAACCAUGGAGCUAUAUUCCUCCUGGAAUCAUGCCCGUCUUCUGGCGUGUCGUAUACUGGACAUCACAGUUCUUAACCUGGAUUCUGUUACCCUUCAUGCAGUCAUAUGCUAGGUCAGGAGGCUUUUCCAUUACUGGAAAGAUUAAAACUGCAUUAAUUGAAAAUGCAAUAUACUAUGGCACAUACCUUCUGAUAUUUGGAGCAUUUUUAAUAUAUGUGGCCGUAAACCCAAACUUCAGCCUGGAAUGGAACCAACUUCAGACCAUUGGAAUAGCUGCUGCCAACACUUGGGGCCUCUUCCUUCUCGUCUUGCUGUUAGGGUAUGGCCUGGUUGAAAUUCCACGUUCUCAUUGGAACGGAGCAAAGAAAGGCUACCUUCUGAUGAAGACUUAUUUCAAGGCUGCUAAGCUGAUGACUGAGAAGGCAGAUGCAGAAGAAAACUUGGAGGAUAUAAUGGAGGCAAUCCGCAAAGUGAACGAGAGCAUUAAGUACAACCACCCCUUAAGGAAAUGCGUGGACACAAUAUUGAAAAAGUGCCCUACUGAGUAUCAGGAAAGAAUGGGUAGAAACAUGGAUGAUUACGAAGACUUUGAAGAAAGGCCUAAUACGUACCCAACAGAGAAAAGUCUGGUCAAACUUCAUAAGCAGGUAAUCUAUUCUGUUCAGAGGCAUCGUCGCACGCAGGUCCAGUGGCGGAUUCUCUUAGAGCAAGCCUUUUACCUGGAGGACGUGGCAAAAAACGAAACCAGCUCCACGCGUCAGUUUGUCCAUACUUUUCAGCCCCAAGAACCUGAAAGCAAAGUUACCCAGUAUUUCUAUACGCCAACUGUUGAAUGGUAUUGGGAGUGCCUCCUGCGGCCGUGGUUCCACAGGAUUCUUGCCAUUGCUUUGGCCACAUUUUCCAUCAUUGUCGUGUGGUCGGAGUGCACUUUUUUUAGCACAAACCCAGUUUUGUCGCUGUUUGCGGUCUUCAUACAGCUGGCGGAAAAGACUUACAACUAUUUCUACAUAGAGAUGGCGUGCUUCUUUACCAUCUUUUUCCUAAGUAUCUGUGUUUACUCCACUGUCUUCAGGAUUCGUGUAUUUAACUAUUACUAUUUAGCGUCGCACCAUCAGACAGAUGCAUAUAGUUUGCUUUUCAGUGGAAUGCUGUUUUGUCGUCUGACUCCUCCAUUGUGUCUAAAUUUCCUGGGCUUGACUCAUAUGGAUUCGUCAAUUUCUCACAAAAAGACUGAGCCAACUGCAUAUACUUCUAUUAUGGGAUCGAUGAGAGUAUUAUCCUUCGUUGCAGAUGGAUUUUAUAUCUAUUAUCCCAUGUUGGUUGUUAUUCUAUGUAUUGCUACUUACUUCAGUUUAGGAACUCGGUGUUUGAAUCUUCUGGGGUUCCAGCAGUUCAUGGGAGAAAAUGAGAUGACCUCAGACUUAAUAGAUGAAGGAAAAGAAUUAAUCAGAAGAGAAAAAAGGAGACGGCAAAGGCAGGAGGAGGGUGAAAACAGAAGAAGGGAGUGGAAAGAACGAUACGGGAACAGCCGUGAAGAUUCUGCUAGGAACCGAAAUGUUCAAGCAGAGCAAAAAGAGUCUAGCUUCACAGAAACUAACACAAAUAGACCAGUUGCAUCUAAGUACACCAGAGCAAAUGGGAGGAAUGAAAGAGAUAGAAUCGAGCUGCUACAGGAUGCGGAACCCUUAGAUUUUAAUGCUGAUUCCAUCAGUGAAGAUCCUCUUGACUCGGACUCAGGAAGGUAUCAACCAGGUGGAAGAUAUUUGUCAAUGUCGCGAAGCCGAAUAUUUGAUGAUGUCUAAGCCCAUG